AUGACGGUGGUCUCGGGAGACAACGCGGACGAGACUUCGGCCGUGCCGGGCCACCCCCAGGAUGCCUACCCGCCGCCUGACCACAACGACCACGAGUGCUGCGAGAGGGUGGUCAUCAACAUAGCCGGCCUCAGGUUCGAAACGCAGCUCAAGACCCUCUCCCAGUUCCCGGAGACGCUGCUGGGCAACCCCAAGAAGCGCAUGCGCUACUUCGACCCCCUGAGGAACGAGUACUUCUUUGACAGGAACAGGCCCAGCUUCGACGCCAUCCUGUACUACUACCAGUCCGGGGGCAGGUUGCGGAGGCCCGUCAACGUCCCCUUAGACAUGUUCUCGGAGGAGAUCAAGUUCUACGAGCUGGGGGUGGAGGCCAUGGAGAGGUUCCGAGAAGACGAGGGCUUCAUCAGGGAGGAGGAGCGGCCCCUGCCCGAGAAGGAGUUCCAGCGCCAGAUCUGGCUCCUCUUCGAGCACCCGGAGAGCUCGGGCACGGCCAGGGGGAUCGCCAUCGUUUCCGUCAUGGUCAUCCUCAUUUCCAUCGUUAUAUUCUGUUUGGAGACGCUACCGCAGCUCAAGGAGGAGCCCAUGGGCCACCUGGAAACUGUCGGCAACACCACCAUCUACUACAAACCGAACAUCCUGACGGACCCCUUCUUUGUCAUCGAGACCCUCUGCAUCAUCUGGUUCUCCUUCGAGUUGAUCGUGCGCUUUUUGGCUUGUCCCAGCAAACCGGCCUUCUUCAAGAACAUGAUGAACACCAUCGACAUCGUGGCCAUCAUCCCCUACUUCAUCACGUUGGGCACCGAGCUGGCCGAAGACCCCGACACCGAGGGGGUCGGGGAGCAGGCCACGUCUCUGGCCAUACUCAGGGUGAUCCGUCUGGUCCGGGUCUUCCGGAUCUUCAAGCUUUCCCGACACUCCAAAGGACUGCAAAUUUUGGGACAGACGCUCAAAGCCAGCAUGCGAGAGUUGGGACUGCUCAUCUUCUUCCUCUUCAUCGGCGUCAUCUUGUUCUCCAGCGCCGUCUUCUUCGCCGAGGCCGAGGAGCAGGGUUCCUAUUUCCGAAGCAUCCCCGACGCGUUCUGGUGGGCGGUGGUGUCCAUGACCACCGUGGGCUACGGCGACAUGGUGCCGGUCACCAUCGGGGGCAAGAUCGUGGGGUCUCUGUGCGCCAUCGCCGGCGUGUUGACCAUCGCGCUGCCCGUGCCCGUCAUCGUGUCCAACUUCAACUACUUCUACCACAGGGAGACGGAGGGAGAGGAGCAGGCUCAGCUGCUCAACGUCAGCAAUCCCAACAUCCCGACCGACAGCGACUCCAGCCGUCGCAGCUCCUCCGCGGUCAGCAAGUCCGACUACAUGGAGAUCGACGGCGACCUGAACAACAGCAUCGACAACUUCCGGGAGGCCAACCUCAGAACUGGUAACUGCACCGUAGCCAACCAGAACUGCGUGAACAAGAACAAGCUGCUGACGGACGUUUAG